AUGUCUUCAAUAAUGGAGCACAUAGAUCAAACCACCAUCCUCUCGCUCCUCGGCGUCCUCGCCAUUCUCCUCUCCUCCUACGCUCUCUCCACGCGUGUCCUAGCAUCCACCACCCCCUCCUCCCUCCGCAUCCUCUUCAUCUGGCAUUUCUUCGAUUUUCUCAUCCAUACCAUCUUCGAAGGUUCUUUCCUCUACAAUUGUUUCUUCUCGCGCAUUCCCUACGAUUCAUCGAUUGCUCACCCGGUUUCCCUCAAUAACUUCUUGGGCACAACCGAAUAUGUGUAUGGAGCACUGUAUGCGGAUAAUUGGGCUAGCAAGUUGUGGAUGGUGUAUGCUCAAGCGGAUCGCAGAUGGGCGGGUGCGGAUUUGACGGUCGUGAGUUUGGAGUUGUUGACUGUGCUGGGGGCGGGCCCGCUGGCGCUGUGGAUUUGUUGGGGGAUAGCGAGGAAGGAUUGGAGGGUUAAUUUUUGGAUGGUGGUGCUUGCUACUGGGGAAUUGUAUGGGGGUUUCAUGACCUUUGCGCCCGAAUGGUUGACGGGAAAUCAAAAUUUGGAUACGAGUAACUUUAUGUUUAAAUGGGUGUACUUGAUUUUCUUUAAUAUGUUGUGGGUUUUCUUGCCGGUAUAUGCGUUGUAUGUGGCGUUUUAUGAUAUUGGCAAUGCGAUGCAGGUAAGGAAUAGUGUUAUUAACGCGAGGGUUGAGAUGUUGAACAGGGAGAGACAGGGGAAGAAGAAUUGA